UCGUAUGACUAUGAUAAAAGUAUCUUAAGUAUCAGGAAGUAGGCCUAUCAGGCAUUCAUCUGAUAAUAAGCAAUCGCUGGCUGGAAAGGGUUAAAAUAUUAGUUAUAAGGAUUAGUGGGGAGAGAAUCUCAGGUAACCAUCUUUUUGUGAAAUGAGGACUACCGUAUAAAACUACAAGCGCAUGUUUCAAUUACAUGUACCAGGACCAUGGCCUCAAAGAUGUUAAAGCUUGAGAUUCCAAGUUCGUUUUAUCCUCGAUUGAAGCGACUACAGGAUGUGUAUAGAGAAAAAGUACAAUCCUGUCAACAAUCAGUUCCAACCUGGGCUUACGAAGCACUCCUUGGACCGAUGGCCAACCCUCUUAUACUCUUGUGCAACACUAGAAGCAAUGCAUAUUGUGAUUUUUUCCCAGAGAAAUUGUUGACUGUGGAAAGUGAUGAAGACAAAGCGAAGUCUGUGAUAGGAGAAGUGAAAUAUUCCUCCGCCCCACAUAUGUAUGUUGUUGCAUUAAAUGUGACGAGAAGGGGACCUCAUAUCGAAAUCGAAAAACAGAGUCUCGACUUCCUGAAGCAAAUCAAAGUUUCCAUAAGUAAAGCAGACUACCCUCCUUAUCCUGUUGUUUACCUAGUAAACGUCAUUGAAGAUUCGGCUGCAAAAGGAUGCCAAACUUUACAUCAAGAACUAGCCAAUCUUGUAAAAAAUGCUUUUGAUGACAACGACAAACAUCUUGCAUCGCGAAUAUUUUUUAAAGGGGAGAAGGGUAUGAAAGAAAGAUGUUCUAGAAUACUAGAGAAAUCAUUCUGCGAUUCCUUUGUAAAUAUAAACAGUUCCUUAAAACAAGAUGCUCAGAACCAUCUUAAUAAGACUACUGUUUUUUGGAAUUGCGAUUUAUUUACUCGCGAAGCUAUGACCAUCUUCAGCGAAAGGGAGGAUGAAUUAAACGAAACAAUUCAAAAUAUAAUGAAGGACAACCAUGAUGGAAAAAUAAGCACAAUUAGCAAAGCUAUUGCGACAGUUGUGAAAGACGAAAUAUGCUGUGCAAUAGAACAGAGUUUAGGAACACAUUUAGAUUUUCAAAAUUUCAAUUCCGAUAAGCCUGGAGAAAGUUGUUGUUUUAUUGAUAUGAUAAAGCACAAAUUAUGGUUCAAAAAGUCGAGAGGUGAGACCAUUGCCCUCUCCGAAAUUUUGGAUUCUUCUUCAAUGCCUUUGGUGGAGGAAUACAUUCGUAAACAAGGACAAAAUCUACGCAGAACAGAUCAAUAUCAACACUUGAUUAAGGAACUUGAUUCUCUGUCUGAGGUCAUCCAAGAGCAAAAAAUGUGCAUGAGGGAAGACAUUCCAUAUGAACUACAAAUUUAUUUGUGGCGUUUGAAACAUGUUAUAUCCGUCAAGAAAAGAGAUAAAACACUUCAUAUUGGUGUUUCAAGAGCAGAAUUUUCAAAUAACCAAAGUUUUUUAAAGAAUGCAAUCCGAGCAUUGCUAAGGGAUUGGAAAGAAUUCGAAGAAAAUGACUUCAUUCUGCAACCUUUUGCAAAAACUAUAAAUUUUCUUAUGGAAUUCGGGUCGGGAGGAACAGUUGGUCAUUAUGUGAAUGGCGUAUUCAGGCGUGGGGUUGCGGGUGUGAUUGGGGACAUGGCUGGUAUUGUUCAGUUUGCUAUAACGUGUUGUCAUGUGGCGCCGCCUGGAUAUACAAUAUAUAAUGAUAAAGAGGAAGCUAUUGGGAAAUCAUUUAAUAAUUUGUGUAUCAAAACCGAAGAUGAACAUUCAGUAGGUCUCCUAGAUUUUUCUGCAGUUCCUAUGAAUGAAUUAAUAUCAGUAAAGCAAGACUUAAGGCCUCCAAGAGUCCUUGAUGUAAAUUUUAGUGUUGAACUGUUCGACAAAGACUUCUCGGUAUUGCAGAAACAGAACAUUGAUUUAUAUUUCCAUAGGAAAGGUGAACAUGAGCCAGUAAUUGUUAAAUACAUGGGAGAAACCUAUAUACAGUACAAUGACGAUUCUGAUGAAUUUAAUAGUGGUCCUGUAAAAAACAACGAAAACCGUUUUCCAUUUCGAAGAUUAGAUGUUGUGAUACCCAGUAACAGCAACAGAAAAAUUUGUCCGGGGGAUAGUGGGUCCGCUUUGUGUUAUUUCGACCAAGAAGAAAACGCUGUACAAGUUGUGUUUUUAAUUGUCGGGGAAAACGAUGAGGGGAUCGUUUGCUGUAGACUUAACGAAGCACUCAUGUGCUUAAAAAACAGAGCAGACUACCAUAUCUCCUUACUCCCUGUUUAAAAGAACACUGAACACUUUCAUAUCAUGCUCAACUUUGCCAUAUUUUUUUGGGGGGGGAAGGGGGGGGGGGAUUGUACAUUUCUGUUUACAUGUGGCAUAGUUAUUACCUAUUUGUUUUCUCUGUGAUAACUAUUUGAAAGUUAGGUGAGUUGAUUUCUUGAUCAUUCAAAUGGGAUGUAAAUUUCGCGAACUGAAAGGUCAGGAGACCUAAUAUUAAUAUGUAUGUAAAUCUCUGCACCUGUCUUCUGAGUUUGAUGUCAGUGGAUGGGGACUAUUGAAAUUAACAUGGGAGGCCUCAUGUAAUUUAAAUCUAUUAAAAUUUACAAUUUUAUUUCACAAUGAAAUGUACAUAUAAGUAAUUACCGUCUCGUUUGUUGGGUAUGCCAGGGACUUCAAUGGUAGUUGGAGACGGGAUAAUUUGCAUAACAGGCAAAGAAAAUUGAGGCGAAAAUCAUGAAUUGGCAGGGAAAUAAUUGUAAAGCAAUUGAUAUAACAAGGAGUUUAUGUAUAUAUCAUUCUAUAUACUGAAAGUAAGUUGUGCUAUAAAUUUUGAUUGAUA